AUGGCAAAUAUAUAUCAAUGUCAAGGUACUACUCAAAAAGGAUAUAGAUGUAAGAAAACAGUAUCAAUACCACAAGGUUAUUGUAUACAUCAUAACAAACAACAAGCACAACAACAUGUACCUGGAACUUUUUCAUCCACAAGACCAAAUAAAGGUUAUAUAUAUUUAUAUACAAUGAAUAAUUUUAUAAAUCCACCAUCAAAUUGGUCAUUUAAAGUUAAAAAUAUACCAAAUACAAGUACCAAAGAUAAAGAUAAAUGGAUUAAUUUUAAAAGUAGGAAAUCACCAUAUAUUUUAAUAAAAAUUGGAAUGACUACUCAAUUACCUAAUAUUAGAAUUAAACAAUGGGAAAUGAAAUGUGGUCAUGAUUUAAUUAAUAUAGGUCCUAAAAAUGAGAAUUUAAUAAAGAAUAAGAAUUUUUUAGAAAGAUUUUUAUGUUUAAGUAUAGAAGACAGAGAAGAAAUAAAUUAUAAUAGAUUUAAAAAUGAUGGAUUUUAUUGUGAAGAAAAUUUAAAAUUAAUUGAGUCAACUAUACAUCAAAAACUUCGACGAAAAUAUGGUAAAGGUGAUGUAUAUUGUAGUGGAUGUUUACAAGAUCAAGAAAAAAUUAAAGAUAAACAAUCACCUUUCAAAACAAAUUAUAAUGUACAUAUUGAAUGGUUUCUAAUACCAAAAAGUGAUUUAAGAGAAGUUCAUAAAUUAAUAGAUUGUACAUGUAGAUCAAUUGGAUGA